AUGCAAAUACGCUCUUUGAGAGUCCCAUACCCACUGAUACAAACCAUUGUUCUACGCAAUGUACGCCAUAUUCAACAAGGAAAUAAUGGGAUUAUCGUUUCCUUGGAAAGAUGUUUAUUUGGAUUGUUCCCUGUUCCUCUUGGUGCACAGAUUGUACAACUGACAGCAUCUGGAAACUUUGAAGAAGCUUUAGUAUUAUGUAAGAUGCUUCCACCAGAAGAUUCAAGUCUACGAGCCUCAAAGGAGCAAUCAAUUCAUAUCAGAUAUGCACACUAUCUGUUUGAAAACGAUAGCUAUGAAGAAGCCAUGUAUCAUUUUGCCGCAUCGCAAGUGGAAAUAACCUAUGUGCUUUCUUUAUAUCCAUCUAUUGUUCUUCCCAAACCAGUUGACAAAAGUACUGAUGUUAGUGGGGAGUCAACCUUAUCAAGAGUCAACUCUGGUACAACUGAAUACUAUACAGACAGUUCUCCAAGUUCUCAAAUCAGUCAAAUGGAAUCUGAUGACAUUCCUGCUCUUGAACCCAAGAAAAUGAACCACAAUACUUUAACAGCUCUCAUAAAAUAUUUGAAAAAAAAGAGGCCCAACAUUGUUGGAAAGGCUGCUGCUGAAGGCACUGAGGAAGUUGUUUCAGAUGCUGUGGGCCAGACUACACGUUCCAAGAAAUCAAACAAGGGACGAGUGAAUAUUCCUACUGAUUCUGGUGCUAGAGAGAUAGCAGGAAUAUGUGACACUGCACUUCUGCAAGCUUUACUUUUGACUGGUCAAAUUGUUGCUGUUUUGGAAUUACUCAAGGGUUUUAACUACUGUGAUAUGAAGAUAUGUGAGGAGCUGUUGCAGAAAGGAAAUCAUGAUGUUUGUUUGUUAGGGCUUUAUAAAUACAACUCAAUGCAUCGUGAAGCUCUUAAACUUCUUCAUGAAUUAGUGGAGGAUUCCAAAUUAGAUCAACCCAAAAUCACCACCAAGAAUAAGUUCAAACCUGAGAUGAUAAUCGACUAUCUCAAACCUCUAUGUGGGAUUGAUCAUAUGCUUGUGUUAGAAUUCUCAACAUUUGUUCUUGAAAGUUGUCCUACAAAAACAAUUGAGCUUUUUCUAUCAGGAAAUAUCCCUGCAGAUUUGGUUAAUUCUUACCUAAAACAACAUGCUCCUACCUUACGUGCCACAUAUUUGGAACAAAUGCUUUCAAUGAAUGAAGAUGGAAUCUCACCACAUCUUCAAAAUGAAAUGGUGCAAAUUUAUCUUUCAGAAGUGCUUGAUUGGCAUGCUGACCUCACUGCUCAAAACAAGUGGGAUGAAAAACUGUAUAUUCCACCAAGGAGAAAACUCAUAACUGCAUUACAGGGUAUUUCAGAAUAUAAUCCUGAAGCUUUUUUAAAAAGAAUCCCACCAGAUGCUUUAUAUGAAGAAAGGGCAAUCUUAUUAGGAAAAAUGAAUCAGCAUGAACUCGCAUUAUCCAUAUACGUUCAUAAGCUUCAUGUUCCUGAAUCGGCCCUAUCGUAUUGUGAUCGAGUAUACGAGUUGGGAGGAGCUCAUCAACAAUAUGGAAAAGCUCAAGGAAACAUAUACUUAACUUUAAUGCAAGUUUACAUGAACCCUAGAAAAACAACGAAAAACAUCGAAAAAAGAAUCACGAAUUUGGUGACUUCAUCGAGCACUGGUAAUUUGAAGAGUGCGUGGUCAUCAGUUAGGGGUAAAGGAAAAGGGUUAGGUAAGAAAAUUGUAGAGAUAGAAAGCGCGGAAGAUUCUAGAAUCAAAGCAAGUAGUGGUGAAUCUGGGAGAAGUGAUUAUGAUACAGAUGAUGUUAUUGAGGAAAGAAGCUCAACAGUUAUGCUUGAUGAAGUGCUGGAUGUAUUAAGCCAGAGGUGGGAUCGGCUUCAUGGAGCGAAAACUGUUAGACUCUUGCCUAAAGAGACUAAGUUACAGAGGUUGUUUCCAUCGCUGGGACCACUCAUGAAGAAGACGAGUGAAUCAUGUCGGAAUUUUCAAGUGAUCAAGAGUUUGAGACAAUGUGAGAACCUACAGGUUAAAGACGAUCUGUAUAAGCAAAGAAAAGGAGAAUUGAAGAUCACGAGUGAUAGUGUAUGUUCCCUUUGCAAUAAAAAGAUUGGAACGAGUGUUUUUGCGGUGUAUCCGAAUGGAAACACCAUUGUCCACUUUGUUUGUUUUCGUGACUCGCAGAAUAUGAAAGCCACCAGAAAAGGAUCCUUUUUAAGAAAGCGAUAAAAACAUGUUUUUUUCAACUCCAGAUCAUUGCCUAAUUCAAUAAGUUAAACGUCCAACAGGCUAAAGGCAUUGUAUAUAUAUGGUUAAUAAUGUUUCUUUCAUGUUCUAAUCGAGCUUCAGUUUUGUUGG